CUGCCCCGGGCGGCGGCGGGAGCAGCCCCGUCCCGCGGGGACUACAACUCCCAGCGCUCCGCUGGGAGGAGGGGAGAGCGGCUGCCCCGGGAGCCGAGUUCUCCUUCAGGCCGCAGCAUGAACGGCAGCGUGGCGAGCGGCGGCUACUCCGAGGAGAUCAUCAGGCUCGCCCGCAGACCCUCAGGGUUGGGCUUCAACAUUGUUGGUGGGACAGAUCAGCAGUACAUUGCCAAUGACAACAGCAUCUAUGUCAGCUGGAUCAAAAAGGAUGGGGCAGCUUACCUUGAUGGCCGAUUACAAGAAGGAGAUAAAAUUUUAGCGAUCAAUGGCAAAGACUUGAAGGAUUUGCGGCACAAGGAUGCUGUGGAACUGUUCAGGAAUGCUGGCUAUUAUGUGUCUCUGAAAAUCCAGCGCAGGCUGCAGCCACAGAAUGGCCCUGUGGGUCAUGGAGCAGAUGGAGAAUCAGGUGGGCUUCCUCUGGCAGCCAUUCUUGUGCCAGGCCUGGCGCUUGCUGCGACAGCAGUCUGGAUCUUGCUGAGGUAUCGACAGCGGAUGUGAAGAGCUCACGUCUGGGAUAUCACUGCGUGUUUUACACAGCUAUGACGCAAUUUAAAGAUAGAGAAUCAACAAUCGUGUCACAGACUGAUGCCAAAAAGGAUCAUUGCCUAUCAUCAAAGUUGCUGCUGAUGUUCGUAUAUAUUGAUUUUGUUGUAGGGUGAAUGGAAGCAGAGAGAAAAAAGGGAAGGGAGAUUGUGUUUAUGUAAAGAGUGGGAUAGCUGUAUUUUUUGACAAAUCUGAGGAGGUUUUGCCAUCUUCCUUUAUUUUGCACCAUGAACUUUGAAAUACACUCAUCAAUUCCACAUUUUAAGGUUUAACUUUUGGUUAAAGGGAGUGGGAGUUGGGGUGGUUUUAAAUCAAAAACAUUUUCUAGAGGCUUUGCCUUGUUUCCACAGAAUUUUUUUUUUUUAAUCUAAUGAAUUCUGUCCGAACCAUGAAUAAAGAGGAGCAAUGCAAAGGGUAUAUUAUUUUUCCAAUUGAAGUUUUGUUGGUUGUUGCUAAAUAAAUGCCUUAAAUGUGUAAAAUCUGAUCUGUGGUUUCACAGGUGAAAUCUUCAGUGUAGCUGCUCAUUUAACAGCAAUACGCAAUAUUGGUGAGACAUUUUACCAGUUGUGGAAAGAUAGAAGAUAGCUUGCUGCUAGAAGAUUUUGAUUGUCAAAAUGAUUGCUAAUUUUUGUGUCAGAGCUGUAAGAGAAGGCUUUCCACAAAAUGCUAGCAUUCUGGAGAGAGACAGACAACUGAAUCACAAGGAUAAGUGGUGGCAAGAGAUUCAGGCAUGCUGAAGCUGCAGAAGAGUCUUUAAAUUAGUUGUGAAGGAAUAGUUCCUGCAUUCAUCAAGUGAAGUCUGCAUCUCUCAGGUUAGAGGUCUGUUUUGGGGGUUAUUUUUUGCACAGGGAAUACUUCAGGUAAAGUUUUCUGUAGCAGCUAACUUGCUCUCUGCAGUCAGGAAAAUCUUGAUGAUUGAAAGGGAGAAGCUGAGAGCAGGCUAGGAUUGUCCUGGCUUUUGCUUGUUUGUGAAGAGUUAUGUGACGUUCAGGGGAUGGGCUGUCAGCUUUAAGCCAGGGUAAAGCCUAGCAGGUAAAACCAGAGGGAAGAGACCCUCCUCUGGAAAGUAUAUGGCUGAAUUUACCUCCAGGGUCUCAUCUCACUGUGAUUUGAAUAGUUUUAAAUGCCCCAGCUGAUAGGAGCUCUGUAGGUAAGACCUGUUUCUCUUGUCUCCAAGAAAUCAAUGUGUUUUGUUGUUUUUGUAAAAGAAAAGCAAAAUGCAUGGUCUGGUCUGUAUGAUGCCAAAGAAGAGAUCACGUAUUCAAUAUAUGUUUUCAAAGAGAAA